AUGGCCUCACUCCUCGUCCCCGGCGCCGGCUGGGCCAACGAGCCGCCCUGCUGCCGCGACUGCGGCGAAAUCCACGUGACCGAGGGCGACUUCGGCGGCCUGUGCCCGACGACGGCGCCCAAGGGCCCGCCGCCCCUCGGCCUCGAGCGCCUCGGCCAGCCGCACAAAGCAUUAUGUGAUGAUCGGUCGUUCCGCCUCGCGAAACUUGCGAACGGCAUCCGCGGCGUCUUGGUGCGGGACACGUCGACGGACAAAGCUGCCGCGGCAUUAUGCGUCGGCGUCGGCGCCUACGCCGAUACCGAUAUCGCGGGCCUCGCCCACUUCCUCGAGCACAUGCUGUUCCAGGGCACGGAGACGUACCGGGAAGACAACGCUUACAAGCAAUUUGUGGCAAGGCACGCGGGGUCGACGAACGCGUCGACGAGCGGCGAGCAGACGUGUUUUCAAUUUGACGUUGUGGAUGAGGCCUUUGGAGGCGCCUUGGACCGCUUCGCGCGCUUCUUUCGCGAGCCCCUGCUGCUGGAAUCGUGCGUGGAUCGGGAGAUGCACGCCGUCGACGCCGAGCACUCCAAGAACCUCAAUGACGACGGGCGGCGGGCGUACCAGGUCUUGAGGAAAUCCGCAAAUCAAAACCACCCCUUCUCGAACUUCUCCACGGGCUGCCUCGAGACGCUGCAGGUGCCCCGGAUCCGCGAGCGGCUCCUGUCGUUCUGGCGCGACCGCUACGACCCGGAAAACAUGACCGUGUGCCUCGUCUCGUCGCGGAGCCUCGACGACCUCGAAUUAUUGCUAGCGGAGCACUUCUCGGGCAUCCGGAGAGCGCCCGACGCCCUGCGAAGAGGCGCCUCCACCAUUGUUCGCGGCGACGGGCGUCGUCCACGAGCGCAAGCCCGUGCGCGACUUGCGGGAGCUGAGGAUCAUGUGGCCGCUGCCGUUUGGGUUGAGGGACGACUAUCGGAAUGGUGCCGAGCACAUCGUAGGUCACGCGCUGGGCCACGAGGGCCCUCGGUCCUUGCUCGCAAAGCUCAAGAGCAGAGGUCUCGCUCACGCUUUAAGUUUUGGCGUCGGGCCGUCUCUGAAGGAAGCCGCGUGUUUAUCGAUGCGCGUCGAGCUCACGGAGGCCGGCGAGACGAAGCGGUACGGCGAAGUGUUAGAGACGUGCUUCGAGGCCGUCGGGGCGCUCCGGCGCGAUUUGGACAAGGCGCAGACGGGCGCGCGACUGUGGAGCGAGCUCGCGGCGAUCGACCGGGCGACCUUCGAUUUUGCCAGCUCGAGGCGAAGCGCCUAUUCGAUCGUAUCUAGUUUGGCGCGGACGCUCCACGACGUCGACGGCGCGCACGUGUUGUGCGGCGGCCGGCCGGGCUUGUGCGGCGACGCGGACUGGUCGCCGCAGCGGUCGGCGCUGCUGAGCACCUUGGUUGCAUCGCUGGCGGACCCUUCGAAGAUCAUCGUGCACGUGGCGACGAAGGCCCCGUCCGUGGCAUUGGAGACGGAGCGCUGGUACGGCGUCCAGCACGGAUCGCGGCCGCUGACGCGGGCGGAGAUCGAGUCGUAUGGCGAGGCCGUGCGCCGCGGCGUAACAGCGACGGACCUCGGCGCGCCGGCUGGAAAUGCAUAUUUGCCCGACGCCGAGCGGCUCCGCCUGGCGCGGCCGGCGUGGCGCGACAGUGAAGACAAGGACGCGGCGCGGCGCGCCGCCUCGUCCGCGCCGCCGCGCCGCCGGACCCAGGGCCGGCUCGUGAGCUGGUGGAAGAAAGACGCGACGUUCGGGCAGCCUAAGGCCUACGCGCACUGCCGCGUCGCCUCCGAAGCGCUAGGGCGCGGCGGUGCGCGGGGCCGGGCCUGUGCUUUGCUGUGGGUCAACCUCGCGCUCGAGAACCUCGAAAAACCUUUGUAUGAUGCGACCUGCGCCGGCCUGAGCUACGACGUGUCGGACGCGUUCUUCGAGUCGGGUGUGGAUUUAUAUGUUGGCGGCCUCGCGGGCGGCGCAGUGUGGCGCUUGCUCGACGCCGUGUGUGAAGAGAUCGCGGCGCCGACGUGGGACGCGGCCGCGUUCGAACGCGUGCGCGACCGGCUCGUGCGGGCGCUUAGGAACGUCGACAAAGCGCGGGCCGACUCGCACUCGUCCCGCUGGCGGCGGGAGUUGUGUGACGAAGGCCGGCCGCCGGUGGGCGACGUCCGCGACGCCGUGGGUGCCGUCACCCUCGACGACGUCCGGUCUCACGCGUCGCGAGCGUUGGAGGGCUGCCGCGCGCUUUUACACGUCCACGGCGCCGUCGACGAGUCAGAUGUCGCGGCGGCCGAGGCCGUGGUCGAGGCGCGGUUCUUUGUAGAUGAUGUCCGAGGGUCGUGGCCCGCGCGGCGCCGCAUCGCGGCGCCGGCUGUGAACGAGCCCCUGCGGGUCGCGCGCUUCUCGCCGAACGCGAAGAACGACAAGGACUCUGCAGUUUUAAAGUGCUACGACCUCGGCCCGAAGAAGGACGUACGAACGCACGCGACGGCGUCUCUGUUAGUUCACGUGGCGAAGGAGCCCUUCUUCACGCAACUGCGCACGCGCGAGCAGCUCGGCUACCUCGUGUCGAUGUCGUAUUCCUCCGCUCGAGGCCGGCUCCUGCUAUUAUUGAGGGUGCAGUCGCAGCGCGUCUGCUCGGACGACGCGGCGGCGCGCGUCGAGGCCUUCCUGGACGCGUGGCGGCCCGACUUCGACGGGGUUGAAUUCGCGGCGGCGAAGGCCGCGCUCGCCAAGAAGUGGCGCGAGCCCGCGACCUCGAUGGCGAGCGAGGCGGCACAGGCGUGGGGCUGCUUGCUGGCGCCCGAUUCUGACGGCGCGCCGUCGUUCGACCGGCCCGAGCGCGUCGCGGCGGCCGUCGAGGCGCUGGGCCUCGCGGACGUGCGGCGCUUCUACGAGGAGCGCGUCCACGAAAAGCCGCGCCUCGUCGACGUCCGCGUCCGCGGGCGCGACGACGACCACGCCGGCGACGACGACGCGCCGGUCGUGCCCGGAUACUUCGACGCGCCGGCAAGGGCCGUUCAUGACUAGUCUCUCGUCGUCGUAGGGGUGUGUGUGGACUAAUUUCUAGCAUGUCGCAAGCUCACACAGGCGAAUUACGCGUCAGGCUCAGGCGUCCCUCACCCAUCAAAACGGGUUUUACAAUUUUUAUCUUUUUCACGGCUUUGGUUCGGACCUCGGCGCGAUGAAACUCGGCAGGGGAUUUUACUCGGGCUUCCAUGGCCUGCCGAAGGACCCCAUCCGGGCGCUGUAUUGGCUGCAGAAAGUCGUAGACGGUUGCAAGUUCAAGUGCCUGUCGGGUGAAAGUAUGGCCGACGCGGCGGAAAUGCUCCAGAUGCUGGACGAGCAGGCGAACGAACUAGAGGAAUAAAAAGACCAGUUCUAAA